UAGUGUUUACUCUGAAAUCCUCUGGCAGCCGGCUAUUUUGCGGGAAAUCCGAUAAAACAGCCCUUGCCAGGUUUUAUGAGGACCCCUACACAGACGGGAUGGAGAGGCAGCACAGACUCCUGGCAGGGAAGGAUGACAACCAGUUCCAACACCAGGGAGCCGUGGAGCUGCUCAUCUUCAAUUUUCUGCUCAUCCUGACCAUUUUGACCAUCUGGUUAUUUAAAAAUCAUCGUUUUCGCUUCCUGCAUGAGACCGGAGGAGCGAUGGUGUAUGGCCUUAUUAUGGGAUUAAUUUUACGAUAUGCCACUGCACCAACUGAUAUUGAAAGUGGAACUGUGUAUGAUUGUGGACAACUGGCCUUCAGUCCAUCAACUUUGCUGAUUAAUAUCACUGACCACAUCUAUGAAUAUAAAUACAAGAGAGAAAUAAGUGAGCACAACAUUAGUCCUCACCAAGGCAAUGCCAUACUUGAAAAGAUGACAUUUGACCCAGAAAUCUUCUUCAAUAUCCUAUUGCCACCAAUUAUAUUUCAUGCAGGAUAUAGCCUGAAGAAGAGACACUUUUUUCAAAACUUAGGAUCUAUUUUAACAUACGCCUUCCUGGGAACUGCCAUCUCCUGUAUUGUCAUAGGGUUAAUUAUGUAUGGCUUUGUGAAAGCUAUGGUAUAUGCUGACCAAUUGAACAAUGGAGACUUCCAUUUCACUGACUGCUUGUUUUUUGGUUCACUGAUGUCGGCAACAGACCCAGUGACAGUGCUGGCCAUCUUCCAUGAGCUGCAUGUGGACCCUGACCUGUACACACUCUUGUUUGGGGAGAGUGUGUUGAAUGAUGCAGUGGCCAUAGUGCUAACAUAUUCUAUAUCCAUUUACAGUCCCAAGGAGAAUCCAAAUGUAUUUGAUGCUGUGGCAUUCUUCCAGUCCAUGGGGAAUUUCCUGGGGAUCUUUGCCGGCUCUUUUGCAAUGGGAUCUGCGUAUGCUGUUGUUACUGCACUGUUGACCAAAUUUACCAAACUGCAUGAGUUCCCUCUGCUGGAGACGGGCCUGCUCUUCCUCCUGUCUUGGAGCGCCUUCCUGUCUGCGGAAGCAGCAGGCCUCACAGGAAUAGUUGCUGUUCUCUUCUGUGGAGUCACACAGGCACAUUAUACCUACAAUAAUCUGUCAUUGGAUUCCAAAAUGAGGACUAAACAGUUGUUUGAAUUUAUGAACUUCUUGGCUGAGAAUGUCAUCUUCUGCUACAUGGGUCUGGCAUUGUUCACAUUCCAGAAUCAUAUCUUUAAUGCCCUUUUUAUACUUGGAACCUUUCUAGCAAUUCUUGUUGCCAGAGCCUGCAACAUAUAUCCCCUCUCCUUCCUCCUGAAUCUGGGCCGGAAGCAGAAGGUCCCCUGGAACUUCCAGCAUAUGAUGAUGUUUUCAGGUCUGCGAGGAGCCAUAGCAUUUGCCUUAGCUAUUCGGGACACGGGAUCUCAGCCCAAACAAAUGAUGUUCACCACCACACUGCUGCUUGUGUUCUUCACAGUCUGGGUGUUCGGAGGAGGAACGACCCCCAUGCUGACUUGGCUUCAGAUCAGAGUUGGUGUGGACCUGGAUGAAGAUCUGAAGGAGGAGCCCUCCUCACACCAGGAAGCAAGUAACUUGGAUAAAAGCACAACAAAAGCAGAGAGUGUUGGGCUCUUCCAAAUGUGGUAUGGCUUUGACCACAAAUAUCUGAAACCAAUUUUAACCCACUCUGGUCCUCCACUGACCACAACGUUACCUGAAUGGUGCCAUCCAGUUUCCAGACUGUUCACCAGUCCUCAGGCCUAUGGGGAACAGCUCAAGGCAGAGGAUGUGGAAUGCAUUGUGAAUCAGGAUGAGCUAACCAUGAAUGACCAGGAGCAAUCCUCCUCCCCUUGCAGUCCUCCUGCAAGGCUGGGUCUGGGCAGGAAAGUGUUUUCCCAGACUCCAAACAAGGAAAACAUUUAUGAGGGGGACCUGGGCCUAGGAAGCUAUGAGCUCGAGCUUGAGCAAGCUCCGGGUCAACCCAGCUGAAUUAAUGGGCACCAACAGCACAGAUGUGAUCACAGCCAUGCAGGGCUCACUGGGGAAAACAAGCCAAGCUGA